AUGGCCCCCACCAGUCCCAGCACAAACAGCAGUGGCGGCAGCACGGCUGGCUGGGAACAACUCAGCAAAACCAACCUGUACAUACGCGGCCUGGCCCCCUCCACCACAGACCAUGACCUGGUCAAACUCUGCCAGGCGUAUGGCAAAAUAGUCUCAACAAAAGCCAUUAUGGACAAGACAACAAAUAAGUGCAAAGGAUAUGGUUUUGUAGACUUCGACAGCCCUGCGGCGGCUCAGAAAGCCGUGGCUGCGCUCAAGGCGGCCGGUGUCCAAGCUCAGAUGGCAAAGCAACAAGAGCAAGACCCCACAAACCUGUACAUCUCUAACCUGCCCCUGUCGAUGGAUGAGCAAGAGCUGGAGAAUAUGCUGAAGCACUUUGGUCAGGUUAUAUCAACCAGAAUUCUACGAGAUUCCAUAGGAACCAGCAGAGGAGUAGGAUUUGCAAGGAUGGAGUCUACAGAGAAGUGCGAUGCUGUCAUAUCACACUUCAAUGGAAAGUUUAUUAAGACACCUGCAGGCGUACCAGCACCAACAGAGCCAUUGCUGUGCAAGUUUGCUGAUGGUGGACAGAAAAAAAGACAAAGUCAACAUAAAUUUUCUCAAAAUGGCAGAGGCUGGGGGAGAGAUGCUGACAACAGAUUGGCCGGGAUGACGCUCACAUACGACCCGAGUGCAGCUGCUCUGCAGAAUGGCAGAUUUUUCCCACCUGCGUAUGGCAUCACAAACAGGAUGUUUGCACAAACGUCCAUGUCUCCUUAUAUGUCCUCCGUUUCACCAUACCAGAUGCAAAACCCGUCCUGGAUGCCUCAUCAACCUUACAUCAUGCCUCACCCUGGAACAGUGAUAUCUCCCUCUAUGGACCACUCUAUGUCACUGCAGCCGGCCUCAGUGAUAGCUCCUCUCACACAGCAAAUGAGCCACCUCACAUUAGGAAAUGCAGGAGCGUUUGUGCCAGCAAACACACCAAUACAAUCUAUACAAGGAGCCUUCAUACCGCAGUACUCACACAUGCAGUCCACUCCUGUUUCCGUAGAGGAAAACGGUGCCCAGUCAGUGGACUCAUCGGGUAACCCUUCCCCAUACGCCUAUCAACAAACCAAGUAG